CGGUAGCGUCGUUGCUGCGUCGUCUGAACCCGUUGCAACCCGGGGAAUUCUUGCUCCGAAGCGGGUUCCGGCCGGGCCGAUUCUGUGACCCGGAUUAGCCCGGACCCGCCGCAUGAUCUAAGGCUCGUGCAAAGCCCGGUUUCUGCAAUCCGGCGGGCACCUCGCGCCCCCCCACCCUUCCCUUGGGCCAUGGCCGAAGUGCACGUCAUUGGCCAGAUCGUGGGAGCCAGUGGAUUCCCCAGCAGUUCCUUGUUUUGCAAGUGGGGGAUCCACACAGGUGGAGCCUGGAAACUGCUGUCCGGUCUUCGGGAAGGACAAACCCAGGUUGACCAUCCUCAGUUAGGUGACACGGCUUAUUGGUGCCACCCCAUCGACGUCCACUUCGCCACCAAAGGCUUGCAAGGUUGGCCGAAGCUCCACGUCCAGGUGUGGCACCAGGACGCUUUUGGGCGCACCGAUUUAUACGGCUACGGCUUCUGCCACGUGCCCUCCAGCCCCGGCGCCCACCAGCUGGACUGCGUGACUUGGCGCCCGCUGGGCUCGUGGCAGGAGCAGCUGUCCCAGUGCUUUGUGGGAGGCGGCCCCCAGCUCAUCAGCAGCGACCUGAUCUACACGGGGGGCGACCGCUACCGCCUGCAGACCUGUGCCAUGGGCACCGUGCACUUCCAGCUGGCGGUGCUGCUCCGUAACUUCGACCGCUAUGGGGUGGAAUGCUGAGUCAACCCCCCCUCCCAGGACGGAGCCCCUUCGCUGGGCUUGGAAGCAGAGGACUGGUCCGUGAACCCCCAAAGUUCAGGCAUCGGAAGGACCUGGGGCCAAAGCGAGGGGGGGGGAGGCUGCUCUCUUCCCCAACUGCUCUGGGAAGGAAGACACCCACCCCCCCCAGCUCUGCUUAAACUGAGAGAAUCGCAAGCCAUAACUCCAAACCAGGGGUCUCCAAACUUGGCCACUUUGAGACUUGUGGACUUCAACUCCCAGAAUUCUCC